UUCAACCUCAUCUUCAGCACUUCUGCUUUCUCGACCAAAUAAUGAAAAGCUCGGAGGAACGCUUCACAUCAGGACCGUCUGCGACUGGGAGAAAGGUUUUAUGAUCGUUCCCAUCAUGAGGCCUCAAAGCUGCUGGACUCUGCUGCUUGUGUCCAUCUUGGCAGCGCUGCUCCUCACCUUAAACGCUGACAGUAAGGAUGAAUGUGAUGUUCAAGUGAAAGUACCCCGCAACACAAGGUACAACACUUUUCUCUGGGAAGACCUGAGGAUUAACUGCACAGUUACAUUCUGCAAGGAUCCACCACCAGAAGUCUCCUGGUAUAAAAUUGAGCAAAAUGACGUUCCUGUAAACUUCAGCGGGGGCAGUCGCUUUAGAGCAGAGUGGAAACGUUUGGAGCAUUUAAAAGGAGUAUCAUUUUUGACUAUUCAAAAAGUUGUCACAAAUGACUCAGGUGUGUAUCGAUGUCAAAGUGGCUCAAGUGUUGGAUAUAACAUCAACGUCUCUGUCAGUGACAGAACGGAUUCAGAUCCAGGGUGGAUGGUAGAUCUGUGGACGUACGGGUACAUCGCUGCUGGGAUCACAGCUUUUGUCAUCAUUGUGAUAGUUAUAUCUGUUGCAUCAAUGCAAGGGUGUAAAGGAAAAUCAAAGAAUGUGACACAAGAGGAUAAUCAGUAUGCAGCAAUCCCCAUGGUCGAGCAACCCUUCCCAAACACCCUUGUCCAUCCCUCGCCAAGAGGAAGCCCCUCUGUGCCGCUGUCUCAGGCAUCAACCCGGAGGAAGAAGCCGCCCCACCAACCUAGUAGGUCGCCUGGGAUGAGAGACAAUGAGUGCGUUUACAGCAAGGUCAAAGGGGACAGACAUCGACAGAGGAACACGGCGGACGAGGAGGGGGGUUCUGUUGUUUACGCCGCCCUCAACCAUCAGGUCCCAGCGAGGGCUCCUGCUCGACCACGGAGGCAGAUGGAGGAGACUUCAGAGUACGCGGCCAUUCGUAUUAAAGACCCGAACUGCUCUUAGACACUAAAGAUGGGCACUUUGAACUAGUGCAGCCAAGAGGACACACAGUAACUCUCCCUCAGCUUGAGAUGAGGACGCAAAAAACUAGAGCUGGACAGCUCAAUCCCAACACAUCUACCUGAGACUCCAAAGACUUUUGCAAUGAUGCUAACCCUUAAUUUAGCAUCUCCAUACGAUAAAGGCUCUGAAGCAGCGGCUGUAAACACAGAGUUCUGAAAAUAAAGCCAAUGUAGAAGUGCAAAAACUGCAGUUCCUCAAGUGUCCACUUGAGGCUGGCCCCAAAAGACAAUGAAACCCCAUUACAGCCCAUUUUAAAGUACACCUCUAACACUUUACAGCCUGGGUCUCUUUACCUCAUUUAGUUAUUUGUGACGACUGUACAUGGGGUGAAUUUUUGUAAAAGUUCAUCCACAUUGAUUACACUGUGGCUGAUAAUUCGGGUCAAGUUGACUAAGGCUUUGUCUGUGUUUGGUUCAUUGGAUGUCAAAGACACAGACAGGAUGGGGAGUCAGACUUUGUGUAAAAUACAGAAUCAAUCGAGCUAUAAGAAGACGAAAGACUACAAACCACUCCACUGCAGCUUUGUAGAAACCAGACGCUGAUCAAACUGAAUGUAGUUCCACUUUUGGAUUUGAUGCCGUGAGUUCAAACUGUGAUUUGAUGCAGUUGUAUGUGCACGACUUGAAUUAUAUAUAUAGUAACAUUAUAUCUGUUUACAGUAACGAUUCCAUGAGCGUGCACGUGAGUGAUUUAUUUGUUUUAAGACUGUAACAGCUUCAGCGUUUCAGAGGUCUUGAUUGUGUUUCUUCCACUCAGAUUAACAGAAUGUACUCGUGACUUCACAUUGUGUGCAAUCAAACAUCAUAAUGUAAGUGCUUGGUUUUGAUUAAGAAUAUGUUACAACAUA